GUUACAAUUGUUUCCGAUAUUUUUUUCCCGUCACUUGAGGCAUCAUCGUGAUGUGGAUAGCACUGCUUUUGAUAAGCUCUGUUUGGGCUACCAAUACUCCAACAAAAACUAAAUGUCGUUUUCCUUCAGGAGUAUACAAACCCCCAAAAGCACCGCCGAAUGAAUAUUACGAAUUAUGCCCUAAAUUGUGCCCAACCGAAAACUGCUCUGCUUUGUGGAUGAAAAGAAAAUGUCCACCAGAACCGAAAUGUUGUCCACCACCAGCUUUUAGAUGCAAAGAAGGCCUAUACAGGAAUGAUGAAGGGAAAUGCGUCACUUCAUAUGAGUGCACUGGUCAAACGCCGCCAUGCGGAUACAACGAAGAAUGGGUAACAGAAAAAACAUGUCCGCCAAAGUUUUGUAACAUAUCUUACACGGAAUACAAAUGUAUAAAAAAUGUCCCAAAAGAAUCCGGAUGUGACUGUAUUAAGGAUCACUUGAGGAAUUCCAGCGGAAUCUGUGUACCAUCCAACGAAUGUGAUAAACCAAAGCGAUGCGGUGCUAAUGAAACUUUAGUGGAUUAUAUAAGUUGCCCGCCGUUGGCUUGUAACAUCAGUUACACUUCAUAUAUUUGUGAUCAGCCUCGUCGCCCAUGUAAACCUCCCGUAUGUGACUGCAAGAAGGACUAUCUGCGGACUGACGAUGGCAUUUGCGUCUUAAACAAUGACUGUCCACCACCUAAACCACCUUGUGGAGAAAACCAGACAACUGUAGACUGCACUUUUAAAUGUCCGUAUCACUACUGCCCGCAUAGUGAUGACCGUACAGAAUACGCUUGCAAGCCUCCUCGAGACUGUCCUUCUGGGUGUGGCUGUAAGAUUGGAUAUAGAUACAAAAGUAAUGAUGACGAAACUUGCAUACUAGCUGAAGACUGUCCACCAGUAGAAUGUACACGAGCCAAUGAAGUGUGGGAUCCGUGCCCGGAAGGAUGCUGGACUGAUUCUUGCGAUGACGCAGAUAAAAAAAAAGGAACUUGCAAUGAAUUAGUUCAUAACUGCCAACCAAAGUGUGUCUGCCAAAAGGGAUAUUACAGAAACGCAGCCGGUGUUUGCGUUAAAAAAUCACAGUGUUACGAGCCAGUAUGUGGUAAAAAUGAGACGAAAGUUGACUGCACUUUUAAAUGCCCCCAUCACUUUUGUCCGAAAAAUGAUGAACUUGUGGAAUAUGCUUGCAAGCCUCCUCGUGACUGCCCUUCUGGAUGCGGCUGUGCGCUUGGCUACAGAUACAAGAGUUCUAAAGACCUAACUUGCAUACUUGCUGAAGACUGUCCACCAGUAAAUUGCACAAGACCUCAUGAAGUGUGGAGUCGAUGCCCAGUAGGAUGCUGGACUGAUUCUUGUGAGGAUGCAGACAAACAAGGAGGCACUUGCAAUGAAUUAGUGCACAACUGCCAACCAAAAUGUGUUUGCGAGAAAGGAUAUUACAGAAACAAGUCUGGCGUUUGCGUAAAGAAAUCGAAAUGUUAUGAACCGGUAUGUGGAAAAAAUGAGACAAAAGUUGAUUGCACUUUUAAAUGUCCGCAUCACUUCUGUCCAAAGAAUGAUAAUCAAGUGGAGAUUGCUUGUAAGCCUCCUCGUGACUGUCCUUCAGGAUGCGGUUGUGCCGUUGGCUACAGAUACAAGAGUUCUAAAGAUCAAACUUGCAUACUUGCUGAAGACUGUCCACCAGUAAAUUGCACAAGACCUCAUGAAGUGUGGAGUCGAUGCCCAGUAGGAUGCUGGACUGAUUCUUGUGAGGAUGCAGACAAACAAGGAGGCACUUGCAAUGAAUUAGUGCACAACUGCCAACCAAAAUGUGUUUGCGAGAAAGGAUAUUACAGAAACAAGUCUGGCGUUUGCGUAAAGAAAUCGAAAUGUUAUGAACCGGUAUGUGGAAAAAAUGAGACAAAAGUUGAUUGCACUUUUAAAUGUCCGCAUCACUUCUGUCCAAAGAAUGAUAAUCAAGUGGAGAUUGCUUGUAAGCCUCCUCGUGACUGUCCUUCAGGAUGCGGUUGUGCCGUUGGCUACAGAUACAAGAGUUCUAAAGAUCAAACUUGCAUACUUGCUGAAGACUGUCCACCAGUAAAUUGCACAAGACCUCAUGAAGUGUGGAGUCGAUGCCCAGUAGGAUGCUGGACUGAUUCUUGUGAGGAUGCAGACAAACAAGGAGGCACUUGCAAUGAAUUAGUGCACAACUGCCAACCAAAAUGUGUUUGCGAGAAAGGAUAUUACAGAAACAAGUCUGGCGUUUGCGUAAAGAAAUCGAAAUGUUAUGAACCGGUAUGUGGAAAAAAUGAGACAAAAGUUGAUUGCACUUUUAAAUGUCCGCAUCACUUCUGUCCAAAGAAUGAUAAUCAAGUGGAGAUUGCUUGUAAGCCUCCUCGUGACUGUCCUUCAGGAUGCGGUUGUGCCGUUGGCUACAGAUACAAGAGUUCUAAAGAUCAAACUUGCAUACUUGCUGAAGACUGUCCUCCAGUAAAAUGUACGAGACCAAACGAAGUAUGGAACUCAUGUUCAUCUAGUUGCUUGGCAGAGUCUUGCCAAGAUCUUGAACGUCCAGAAAGUGUUUGCAAUGAAUUUGUUAAAAGCUGCAUACCAAGAUGCGUCUGUCAAAAAGGCUACUACAGAAACGAAUCUGAUAUUUGUGUUCCAAAAUGUGACUGUAAAAAAUGUCCACCGAAUCAAAGAUAUGUUGGCUGUAAGGUCCAAUGUCCUUACGAUUAUUGUCCCAUUGAUGACAACCGAGCAGUUGUUGCCUGUGACCCACCCCCUCCCGAAUAUUGCCGAGGAGGUUGUAUUUGCAACCUGAACUACAAAAGGAAGAGUUACAAUAAUGAUACCUGUAUCCUUGCUCGGAAAUGCCCACCUGUGAAAUGUACUAGACCUAACGAAGAAUGGUCCCCCUGUCCGUCGCCCUGCUUAGAUAAAUCUUGUGAGGAUGCUCGUCGGCCGGCAACGAAUUGUAACUACUUAGUGAAAAAUUGUCAACCACGCUGUGUUUGUCAAAAGAAAUAUUAUAGGAAUAAUGAUGACGAAUGCGUGCCGUUGCACAAGUGCCCAUGCAAAACUGAAAUUCCUUCAGAAAAAAUAAUUCCUCCGCCGCCGGAACGUGCAGAUGACUAAAUAACCCAAACCGACGUUCAGAAACAGAACGCUCAACAGUGAAUACAUGAAGAUUUAUUUCAUAAAAUUAUGAUAUUCUAUCUCUAUAAGUACUUAAUCAAAAUUGUUUGUCGUUUGUUUUGUUAAUCAGGAUUAUAAAUUAUAUACUUAUCUUUAAAUGAAAAUAUAACAAAAAUCAAAAGUAAAUUAAUAAGUUACAAGUGCAUGAAAUUGCUAAGUUUCUUUUGGCCAUAAAUAAAUUGCUUUUCUGUGAGUCAAUCUACGCUUUUUUUGAACCAUGAUGACUUUUAAAUAGGUAUCGAUAUAUUUUUAGACUUUAAUAAAAUUGUGAACAUUUUGGAAUAAAAAUAAUAAAUUA